AUGGUGGCACCAAACGAUACCUCUUCUUCCUCGGCGCAAGUAACAUCUGACGAAAGUGAAGAUGUGCUGUUGGCUCCUCCGAUUUCUACCAAAUUGGUAGACAUAAGGCAAGAUAUGAGGAGGAGACCUAAAGGUUAUGCUAAUUACAAAAUACUGCAAAAGAUUGGCGAGUAUACGGUGACCGACCGAGAUUUGGUGCCAGCCCGAGUAAAAUAUCUCAAUAAUAAAGAAGCCUUGGCUCGUGGAUUAGAUGACGUGUCAUAUGAUCUCAAUCAAGGAUUCGACGCCUUUAUGGAGAAGGAAAAAGACAAAUAUGAAAGAAGACAGCUGGAAGAAAAUAAUGUACUUCUUAUGAUACCAAGGCUCACGUUAGAGAUUAAGUCCAUUUCAUUGAAGGCCGAUGAAAGACUUGAUAAUUUUUGGAAAUGGAUUAUCAUGCAAGCACCUAAGGGUAGCUCUGUGAAAGAGGUACUGCAUAACCCGAGUAAAAGGACAAAGAAGGCUUUUUUGGUGCUGCAUGAUGCUGACAUUGUAUGCUGUCGUGGACUGUUGAAACGAAUAGCACGCACUGCGUAUACCCCUAUUGAAGUUUGGGAAUUUUCUGCAAUUCGUUUCGACAACGUGGUUUUUCUUUGUGAACAAGAACUUUAUCCAAGCUGGCAUACCGAAUCAAGAAAUCUGCUGCCGUACUGGUAUCGCGGUCUCAAAUUUAAGCAGCAUAUGACAGUGAAUAAGUUGAAUGAAGAGCCAAGAACAGAUGACCCUGUCACACGUGAAGAGCAUGUAGUAGUGUUCUGCUCGACACUGGGACCCGAAUGUGGGAACCCCUUGAAGCUAGUUUUCAACGGAAGUAUUGAUGCAAUUAAAGCAGGCGGGGAGAUGGUGGAGUUGAGGACUCGUUGCUGUGCUCAAAAACAUCACUUCGCCAAAGAUUUCUCAAGUUAUUUGCAAUCGUUCCUGGUGGGUAUUGCUGACACUUACGUGGGAUAUCACAAUGGCGAUGGAUUAGUCACAAAAGUUGAGCAUGUGCCUGCUUGGACACUUCCCUAUUCUCAGGGCAAUAACGCGUUUGCAAACCCAUGCAUGCAUCUACUCUCAAAUGUCUUGAAUUCGAUUCGUUCAGCAUUGCAAAAUGAUGGCGAAGCUUGCAAAGUCAAUUACGCAGCUUCCGAAAUUGCAAUUCAUCCAGCUUCAUUAGCCGAUGUAGAUUUCUUCCAAAAUACUAAAUUUAGAGAACAUUUUGGUUUGCUUUGA